UGGGGAAACAACAACAGAAAAGGAGGCGGCUCAGACUGCAACCGAGUGUCUGGGCCGGUAAAUGUGUACAUUGCAACCCAUAAAAGUAUUCUCUCUAGUGUAUUUUAUCACCGGUUUAUCACCGGUGGAUGAUUUUAAACUGAACCGAAGCUCGUGAGGCUCCGAGAAGGCGGCCACGGGAAGCAGGAAAAGAGGGGGGUGUGAGGGCAGAGGUCCUUUUGGUCCCCUUGCAGAUCCAUGCUCUUUGUGUCAAGUGGACCAGAACACGACUACCUAUUUGUUCUUCCCUGCGUGUCCUUGCCUGGUUUGCGAGACAGGCACACCGGCAGAGUGGCAUGUGGGUUAACUCCGGAACCGUCGGAAGGGCCCUCUCCAUGGAUAUAGACACAGACUAUGAGCGGCCCAAUGUGGAAACCAUUAAAUGUGUGGUGGUAGGGGAUAAUGCAGUGGGCAAGACCAGACUCAUAUGUGCCCGGGCUUGCAAUGCCACCCUCACACAGUAUCAGCUCCUCGCCACCCACGUGCCAACCGUUUGGGCCAUUGACCAGUAUCGUGUAUGCCAGGAGGUUUUAGAGAGGUCUCGGGAUGUUGUGGACGAGGUCAGCGUGUCCCUCAGGCUCUGGGACACCUUCGGGGAUCAUCACAAGGACAGACGAUUUGCAUAUGGCAGGUCGGAUGUGGUGGUGCUUUGCUUCUCUCUGGCUAAUCCCAAUUCCCUUCGCCAUGUCCGCACCAUGUGGUUUCCGGAGAUCAAGCACUUCUGUCCACGGACGCCUAUCAUCCUGGUUGGCUGCCAGCUGGAUCUCCGCUAUGCUGACCUGGAUGCAGUUAAUCGUGCGCGUCGACCCCUUGCCAAACCCAUCAAACCGACGGAUAUCCUCCCUCCCGAGAGAGGCCAUGAGGUGGCAAAGGAGCUCGGGAUACCCUACUAUGAGACGAGUAUCGUCGCCCAGUUUGGAGUCAAGGAUGUUUUUGACAAUGCGAUCAGAGCUGCCCUCAUCUCCCGCCGUCACCUGCAGUUUUGGAAGUCCCACCUGAAAAAGGUGCAGAGGCCCUUUCUCCAGGCACCCUUCCUGCCUCCUCGCCCACCACGUCCCAUUGUGGGAAUCCCAGACCCACCUCCCAUAGAUGGCGAGGGCCCCGACUCCCUCUUCUGUCACCCACUCUGUGCAGAUGUUGUUUUUCUGCUGCAGGGCAGUGGCACCCGUGUUUUUGCUCACAAAGUCUAUCUGGCUACUUCCUGCUCCAAGUUCUAUGACCUUUUCACCCUUGAGCUUGGUUCAUCCUCCUUCGGGCCACAGGGGGAGCAGGACAAAAGCAAGGAAAUCUCGGACAGUGGGGACGAAGAUGAGCUGAGCAGAAGAGGAGCCAAGGAGCAAGCUGGGCGCACUAAGAGCCUAGACAUUGAUAAAGACGGGGUUGGUGGCAGCGUGCGAGGCCUGAAUCAACCCCCGCUGCUCCAGCGUGGCUCCUUACGGACUUCCCAGAGUGAUAAUGCACUCCCCUCUCAAGCCCAGUACUCUUUGGGAACUCCUGUGAGUGGUCGGGCACUUUCGGGAUGGGGAAGAGGGUUCUUGAGUCUUUGUCUGGAGCAUGUUGAUGACCCCAUGACUGGACGACCACGACUAAUGACUGUGGUAGUCAUGGAUGCACUCAUACAAGAGGAACCAUUCAAGGCCGUGCUGCAGUACUUGUACACUGGCAACCUGGAUGAAGGUCGAGGAGACCUAAUGCAGGUGGCCACCAUCGCUGAGCUACUAGAGGUGUUCGACCUGCGGAUGAUGGUGGCCAAUGUUCUCAACAGGGAGAGUUUCAUGAACCAGGAGAUAACCAAGGCGUUCCAUGUCCGCAGAGCCAACCGCAUCAAGGAGUGUCUCAACAAAGGCACCUUUGCUGAUGUGGUGUUCCGGCUGGACGAUGGCUAUCUCCCGGCCCACAAGCCCCUGCUCAUCUCCAGCUGCGACUGGAUGGCGGCCAUGUUCCGUGGCUCUUUCAUGGAAAGCUACAUUGAGGAGGUGGCCAUCCCUUCCACGAGUACAGCAUGUAUGCGAGGUGUGCUGGAGUACCUCUACUGUGCCAUGCUGACACCUUGUGCUGACCUGGAGUCCAUUGAACUGAUAGUGGUGGCCAACCGUCUUUGUUUGCCACGCCUGGUCGCCCUAACCGAGCAGCAUGCUGUUGAUGAGCUCCUGCAGAUGGCAGUGAAAGGGGUUGACGUUGAUGGGCACGUUUUGGCCUACUUGGAGCUUGCACAGUUCCACAAUGCCAAGCAGCUAUCAGCCUGGUGUCUCCAUCACAUCUGCACUAACUAUAACAGCAUCUGCCGCAAGUUUCCCAAAGACAUGAAGGCCAUGUCUCCAGAGAACCAGAGGCACUUUGAGAAGCAGCGCUGGCCUCCCGUGUGGUUCCUGAAGGAGGAGGACCGCUAUUUGCGCUCGCAGAAGGAGCGUGAGCACGAGGAGGAGAUCUUGCGCAAGCAGCACACCAAGCGAGGCUGGUGCUUCUGGAGGCAGCCGUCCUCUUCGCCGCACGUCUCCUAGGCGUCCACGGAAGAGGUCCCGGUUGGGCCCUCUCGCGCGCUCUCUCUCUCUCUCUCCCUCCAUGCGGACCUGACUCAGUGUUAAGUGGGAAUGUACUGUUUUGUGCCUCUUUACAACCGCGGGAGUGCAGUUAUGCCUACGUAGAGCGAAGUGCUUCCCUGAUGCCCACACCCACGAGGGCCUGUGGGGGGCCUCCUUGUCCCCCCCCCGCCCUUACAAGAGCUUCAUCCCGUCCGUUGAGUGAUUGGACUGGGAGCAAGGGCUGUCAAUCUCCUAGUCUUCACCUACCGUCUUGAUCCGCUCUACUUUUGUUUUCGUUCAAAUUGGUGGGGUGGGAGGGGCUCACUUCUGCCUUCACUUCUACACAAGACUGUUAGCUCUCACACACACAGACCCUUUGCCCAAGAUCUACCUGUCUACAACCAGCACCGGAUAUCCAGGAAGUGACACAAUCUAACUAAGUAUUUUGAUAUGUUUUUGUAAAUCCCUUGCACCUUUUUAAACGACUCUCACCCGACAGAAGUCGAUCGACCUUCUCCGAGGAAGUGUCCGUGAUUGUCUUGACUGUUGGAUUGGAGCACAUUCUUUUUUUAUCCUAGGGCAAAGCAAACCCUGCUGUUAAUGACACCCAGCCCAGUUUGUCUCCAUCCUGCACCUUCUAUUCCUCCCCCCCACCAAAAAAAAAAAAAAAAAAAAAAAAAGCUCACCUCGCCAAACUGCACUUCAGAGGCUUUCCAAGUGACCACUCAAUAGCAUUGAUGGCGAUAAGGAGCCUUACUUGACACCUCUUCCCUGGAGGAAUGACGGGACGGAUACAGUAUUAAACAAAACACAUUGGUAACGUCCAUCACCACCACUAGGCUGCGUGGAAGCGCCUCAGCAAGCCUGCCUUUACACCACUGCACCACUGGGGGCAGCACUGCUCAGGGCACUACACGCUAACACUUUUAAUGCCUGUGACUUAUACGUUGUUGUUUCUCCUAUGUACAAAGGAGUAUUAGGGCCACCCUGAACAAAUAAUUAAAGGAAUAAACUUGAGUAAAGUCAUAAUAUUCACGCGCCUGAACAUGUAUAUAAAAUUAUGACUUUAUUAGCACCCUGCUGCGAAGACUGAAAAUCCAUGAGUAAUUGACGCAACCCCAAAUGGUUUCAAAUUGCCUGUAGAAAAUAGCUUAUGUCUAAAUUAAUUUGCAUCUAUCUCGACUCACUUCAAUGUAUUUAAUUGACACCAAAAGGCCACCUGAGCACAAAAGCAGUGAAUAGGCAAGUUUUUCAGCAAAUGAAGGAGGAUAUGUUACAAAGAAAAUUCGUGAAUAGGCAAAUUUACAAAUGCCGCACUGCAAAGAUGAGGGGGUUAACUAUUUUUUUACAAUUUUCACCUCAUACAACUUUAUUUUUGUCGCCUUACACACUUAAAACCACUUCAUUAUCGUAUGAUACAAUAUGACUGACGUUGUAAUAGUACGAGAAUUGUGAUUUUUCUCUUAUUUUUGGCAGCAUUGCACACUUUCUUCAAAAAAUGACUUUAUUCUCAUAGCAUUCCGACCACUUUCUCACUUUUUUCUCAUGAUGUGACUUUACUCUCGCAUUUUUUUCUUUUAUUCUCAUAACAUUGCACAGUCAUAAUAUUACUUUAUUCCAGAGCUCCCUCCCCUCAUAUUACACAGUUUAAUUCGUGGCCCGAGUGCUCCUUUGUAUUUAUGUAUUGUGAGGAGUGUUAAAAAGAGUACAUGAAUGCAUUUAUGAACUCUGUUCACCUCACUCGGAAUAACAAAGCUGUGAUUCUCUUUCUUCCUCGCUUUGGGUAAUUUUUGCUUCCCUUACAUACUUGUGUGACGCGGUGGUCAAGUGGUUUGUAGUACAAGGCAUGUGAUGUGUUUGAAUCCCUCCUCGGGGGGAAAAAGGAGAAAAAAAAGAUUCACUUUGCCUUCCGUUCCUUUCGGUGGAAUCCAAAAUGGUGCUCACGACAGACAGACAGACACAGACACACACACAUGCAGUUCUCAGUUUCCAGUGCAGCAAGUUUCCUCAGUUGAACUUGUGCUGUGUGUAAGAAAAAAGGUAAUUAGUUUUUAGAAUAUGUAGCAUUCAGAUUUUACACACAGAUGCUUUGGGAGGUUGAUUUUCAUUGAAUUCGCCACAGAUGUGUUUCUACGCAUGCUCGAGGUUGGGUGCCAAUUUCUUUGGGCUUUCAGUGGUCAUGUGAAAACAAGACUUGCUGGUUAAGAGUUCUUUCCUUCACUUUAGCUUGGAAUGGGAUGGUUUGAGUCAUGUGGGUCGCAUGUCCCUGUUCUCCACAGAAGUUGUGAUAAAGUCCUGAAAUAGAAGUCGGAUUGGAUCUCACGAGAGCAAAGUGAGAACCAAGCCAAUUUUUCAGUGAGGAAAAAAAAAAAAAGCGGUCUAAAAGACUACACAUUGCCUGGAAUUACUCACUGUCAAGACCAGUUGAGGGCUUUUGGGAAUUUUGAAAGGUGACUCAAAAGAGGUGAGAAUUGAAGAACAGAUUUUGAUGGCUACUAUUUGUCUUAUUAAUUAUUGGUAUGGCCCAAUUAGCAUCUUCUGUCAGUUCAUGUGCCUUAUAUCAGGAGAAACUGAGUCAACAUUUGGGUUGCCGGCUAUUUCUGUAAAAUAGGUUGUGGUUCGGACGUUAGCCCACGCCGGAACUAGAACUUCAGCAGCAGAUGACUUUGAAUUAAUCUCUGCUGUGGCCACAUGGCCUCAGAUUAUUGUUUUUAUGUGGAUUAUUUGGAUGGAGAAAGACUCACGCCAUGGACAGAAGGCCAUAAAACGGCGGUGAUUAAAACAAAUAAAAUAAAAAAUGCCAGAUUGAUUCCUGAAAGUGAAAAGAAAAUGAAAUAGUUUUAAAAAAGUAAUAAACACUGUUAAAAUUGUAGGUGGCAGCCACUUCAUAUUAUACAGUAUAAUGUCACUUUGCAUAGGAAAGCAUUUUCUUUUGACCUUAUUUGUUUUUGUCUGACCUUUUCUGUGCUUAGCAUGACCUGUUCCGGAUGAUUGUAGCACCUGUUUUACCUUUUUAUUGACCUUAAUUGAGCCCCUUUUUUAGAUGCGCUCUGACUUUUGUACACAAGAUGACUUUCACUCAGCACCGUUUAAAUACGUACUCAUCUUUGUCAUAAUAAUAAUAAAAAUAACGUGCAGGGACAUUUAUAAACAUGCUGCAAACACUAUGUAAGAGGCAAUCAUAAGGGUGUGUGUUUUAAUACAAUGAGUAAUAUUCAUGGGGUUUAUACACUAUUAAUACAGGGUGUUAAUGUUUUUCAAAGCAACACUCGAGGUGAUUUGUGAUAUUAAAAUGCACAUGUUUGAAAUUGGAGGUGGGGAACAUGCUCAUUUGAUCUGGUCACCCAUGCAAUGUUUUUCAUAAAUUAUGUGCUCUAGGGAUAAUUCCCCACCCAUUUUGUAAAUGGUUGAAUGGCAAGUACAAUUGUGUUAGCAUGAAAUCAGUGAUAUUGGAAUUGGGGGGGAAACAUUAUGCAUGAUUCUGAGUCUGUUCUGAGUACGUUGGAGCAUAUUUAUUUCUAACGGGGACUGAAUAUCACCACUUAAUUAGGCUCAUGGGGAGAUGUCCACUGAAAUUAAAUGCGUGAUAAUCCUGAAUUGCAGGACCAAAAAAAAGUCAAAUAUUGUGAGUUGUCAGUCAGCCAUCACUAUAUGGUGACCUCUCACAGGCCAAAGUUACAUUGUACACUGAUGUCAUGUUUAGUUGUUUGUUUAUCUUCAUCGAAUACUUUUUACGGUCACAUUGGAGUCUGAGAGCGAACACGUUGUGUGUCUCCGUUCAUGUGCCUUUAGUGAAAUAUUCACACUUGUAGCCCUGUACAGGCUGACCACUACCAUGCUCCACUUCAAGUUAAUUAAGCCAAAAAGUAACCAUACGCAGAAUUAACAUUUGGCAGCUUUGAGUAUUUUUUUUUUAAAGCAGCAGUGAUGACACGAGAUUUGUUGUUGUAUUAUCAGCUUAAGUUACGCAACAGUUGAAUUGUGAAGCAACCCUGCACACCAGCAGUUCUCAAAUGAGGUCUCUGCACUCUUUAUUAGGUGCCUGCACUUUCUAUUAUGUAGCCUAGAUUGAAACCUUUCGUGAUCAGUACGCUGAAGUCUUUAUAUUCCAAGCGAUCUCCAUCAGAACUCAUCUUAUUGUUUUCACUUUGUCAUUAUGACUCCACAUUCAGUAUUAUCCCACUUCCACUAUUCAGAUGCAGUGUGAAUAAUCAUGUUUGAUUUAAAUGCAAACAUUCAAUGUGACAACUGUGUAAUAUCAUGCUUUAAUGAUUUAAGAUGGUUGUUAUCCAAAGUUAAGUCCAGUAUUUUGGAGGGUGGAUGUGACGUCAGCUGCGGAGGAUUUCUUGGACUGAAUAGGUAUAGUUGUGCACUUUUGUUUUCAUGUGACUUUUAUUAAUCUCUACCGCUCGUGUAUUACCAUUAAAAACAAAGAGCACAUGUACCACCUUCACAUAUGACUAUCAAGGGCUUUCAAAAAGGAAAAAAAAAUAAAAAUUCAACAAUCAGAAUGUUUGCUGCUGUUUGCAAAGAUGUUUUGAAACAGUUUGUAAUAUUUUUUGAACUGCUAUGAUUUGUACAAAAUUUCCUCUCUUUUUUUUUUGCCAUUUCAGUAUUUUGAUGUUUGACAUGGAUUUUAUUAAAAUGGUUAAUCUUU